AUGGUUUUAACGAAGGACAUAACUCUUCCACCCGAAUCGGAUCUUAAUGUGGAAGAAAUUAAUCUUUCAUACGCGACACUCAUGACUGCCGCUCCCUACCUCGGUAAGCUCUGUGAAAACGUGAACAACGAAUUUAUGUUAUGUCGUCAAGAACUCAAAGAUCCUCGGGCCUGUGUAGCAGUAGGUAAGGAAGUCACCUCUUGUGCUAUGGACGUUUUCAGAAAAGUUAAAAAAGAAUGUUUCGAAGAGUUCAAACAAUACGCUAAUUGCAUAGACAAAAGCUCUGGUGAUAUGUCAUACAGAUUCUGCCGUAGAACGCAAAAGAUUUUUGACACUUGCAUGAGAGAGAAGCUGGAAGUACACAGACCCGAUUUUGGAUAUUUUUGUCGAGGGCGGGUCCACAAAACGACACGUCCAGAGCCACCAAAGGAACCAUGCCCCUGCGAGCCUGUCGUGCCUGAUCCGACACCUUCUUUGCCGGAUAAUGCUCCGCGAUAUCCGCCACGGUUUGGAGGUAGAUUUUACCACGUAACUGAAUGA